CCGCGCCGCGCCGCCGCCGGACUCCGUCUCUCCGCGCUGCCGCAGGUGGAUGCUGGGAAGUGGACCCGCUCGGAGGAGAUGUUCCCCCUGGCCCAGUUCGGGGUCCUGUCGGCCCUGGCCGCCGCGCUCACCUCGGUGCUGUCGGCGCUGCUGCUGCUGGCUCUGACCCGGCAGCUGUGGAGCCUCCGCUGGAGCCUGACCCGGGACCCGGACAGCAGCCUGCCGCUGCCGCGGGGCUCCAUGGGCUGGCCGCUGGUCGGGGAGACCUUCCACUGGCUCUUCCAGGGCUCCAACUUCCACAUCUCGCGGCGGGAACGCCAUGGCAACGUGUUUAAGACCCACCUGCUGGGGAAGCCCCUCAUCCGGGUGACGGGCGCCGAAAACAUCCGCAAGAUCCUGCUGGGGGAGCACAACCUGGUGUGCACCCAGUGGCCCCAGAGCACGCGCAUCAUCCUGGGGCCAAACACACUCGUCAACUCUGUGGGAGACAUCCACCGGAGGAAGAGGAAGAUCCUGGCCAAGGUGUUCAGCCGGGGGGCGCUGGAGUCCUACCUGCCGCGGCUGCAGGACGUCAUCAAGGCGGAGAUCGCCAAGUGGGUCUCCGAGCCCGGGUCCAUCGACGUGUACGGCGCGGCCAAGUCGCUGACGUUCCGCAUCGCCGUGCGGGUUCUGCUGGGCCUGCAGAUGGAGGAGGAGCGGAUCGUCUACCUGGCCAAGACCUUCGAGCAGCUCAUGAACAACCUGUUCUCGCUCCCCAUAGACACGCCGUUCAGCGGCCUGCGCAAGGGCAUCAAGGCCAGAGAAAUCCUCCACGCCAACAUGGCGAAAAUCAUUGAGGAGAAGAUGGAGCGGCAGCAGCUGGACGACGACUACCAGGACGCCUUCGACCUCAUGCUGUCCGGCGCCAAGGAGCAAGGCCAGGAGCUCAGCAUCCAGGAGCUGAAGGAAACGGCCGUGGAGCUGAUCUUCGCUGCCCACUCCACCACAGCCAGCGCCUCCACCUCCCUGGUUCUGCAGCUGCUGCGCCACCCGGCCGUGGUGGACAAGGCCAGAGAGGAGAUGGAGGCCGAGGGUCUGGGAUGUCAGCCGGAGCGGAGCUGCGACCCGGCCGGCGGUGAGCUGGAGAAUGAGCCGGAGGCCGCGGAGACGGAGACGACCCGCCUGCUGAGCGGUGGGCCGGACGGCGGCUCUCCUCGGCCUCGUGUCCCGUACCUGAGUCUGGAGAAGCUCAGCCAGCUCCGCUACAUCGACUGUGUGGUGAAGGAGGUGCUGCGCUUCCUGCCGCCGGUCUCCGGGGGAUACCGGACCGCCCUGAAGACCUUCGAACUGGACGGUUACCAGAUCCCUAAAGGCUGGAGUGUGAUGUACAGCAUCCGGGACACCCAUGAGACGGCGGCGGUCUUCCAGAGUCCGGAGCAGUUCGAUCCGGACCGGUUCGGCCCGGAGCGGGACGAGUGGCGCUCGUCUCGGUUCAGCUACGUUCCGUUCGGCGGCGGCGUGCGCAGCUGCGUCGGGAAGGAGCUGGCGCACAUCAUCCUGAAGACUCUGGCCGUGGAGCUGAUCGGGACGUGCACAUGGACCCUUGCUUCAGAGGAGUUCCCCAAAAUGCAAACGGUACCGAUCGUGCACCCGGUGAACGGGUUGCAUGUACGAUUCUCCUACAGCAGCCCGCUGUAGACGAACAGAGCUGAGACUACAAACUCUGAGCAAUGGAUCAAACCUCACCAGCCAGGCCAUCCUGCAGCACUUCAGCAUCAUCAUCAUCUCCAAAUGCGUCUUAAUUUAUUUAUGUCGCCUUUAUCCUGCAGACGUCGCUUCGUUGGACUGAAAGCACAUAAGCUAAAGUUUCUGUUCAGAGCUGUACAGAAACGAACAGAUCUCUCCGUCUUGUUCCUUCUUACUGUCUGUAAAUGAGAUUUAAGUUAUUUCAUAUCAAAAUAAGCCAUCAGAGCAAAAGAUCUGCUGCUUCUCCAACUUCUACAUCACUGUGAACCAGUUCAUCUCAACCUUCAGAGUAUUUAACCUCAGAUUUGAGCUCCGUUCUGGUUUUGGGUGAGUUUUCUUCUGCUUCAUCUGUACUUUGAGCUCGGUGUUGAUCUGGAGGAUCAGAUCUGAACAGGAGUCAGUUCUCACCAGAGCCUGAAAGGUUCAGAAAACCUGGACAGUUUCUAGAGACUUUCUCUGGAUUCAGGAGACGCUUCAGCUCUGGAAGCUGCUGCUGGAGUCGGAACCAAACUCAAGCUCAGAAAACGUGUACAUUCAAAAUGUCCUCCUCUUUUUCACAUGAAUGUUUCAUAGAUCUGUGUCUGUGUGUGCUUUAAAUGAAGUAGUGUUCUGAAUAAGCUGUAUUUAAACGCAGAUGGGCCCCAUCUGCCGUAGAGACACUAACCUGUAACGUAAACCUGUUUUCUCCUUUAGGAUCUUCGUAUUUACAGUCUGUUGGUUCUGAUGUUAUCGUUGGAGGGCCGUUAGCCUGCUAGCGGCGCUGUGAAAUGUUAGCUUUAUGGAAGAAGAUAGCACUUUCUCCACUCUAAGGAGUCUGUAAAUACUGAUGUCCUGGUUGUUCACUGAGAGUAUCAGAUGUAGCUGCUGUACAGUCGAUUUAAAUUACAAGAUACUAAAAGUUC